AUGGUGUCGGACCAGGAGAUAGCGAGCUGCGUUGAGUCCCUGCUCCGGCAGUCGGGCCCCGGCGGUCCGGUGACCUCCGUCAACGUCAACAGCGUAGUCCAGCAGCUGGAAGCGAAAUUAGGGUUUGACCUCUCCCACAAGGCGGGCUUCAUCCGGGAUCAGAUCAACCUGCUGCUCCGGCCGGCAUUGCCGGCCCCUUUCAAGGAUAAUCGCAUCGCCGUCAACCAGCAGCAGCAGCAGCAGCAUAUCCAGCAGCAGUUCAUCGGCGGACAGCCCCACCAACUUCUCCAGCACCACCAGUUUCCUCCGUCCCCAUUUACUCACCUCUCUCCGCAGGACGAGCUCACCUUUCGCAGCGCCCCCUCGGCAGCCAUGCAGUCUCACCAACUCCUCCAGCAGCAGCCGGCACAGGUGCAGGCGCAGUCGCAUCCCGCGACCGGUGUGCCGUCGAUUGCGAAGCAAGAAGUGCAUUUUGCCUCCGGCAACUUGGCGCCCACUGCGGCGAAAGAAAGGUGCUUUUAUUAUACGCCAUCUCGUGAAAUAGGUUUCCGUUCGCCAGAACUGUUUCCUAGUUUUAAAUUGUGGAAGCUAGAAUACCCAGUCUCUGUUGGAGACUGGGACCUAUUUUACAUGGUUUACGUUUUGACGUCACAGUCUUAUGUCACACGGUCGCUCCUUUGUUUUGCUAUACGCAGUUUGCAAAUCAAAUAAGUACAUCUGGAGAACCAUGCAGGAGAUUUAGUUAAUAAUGUUUUCCGCCAGAUUCAGCGAGAAAGCCCACUGAAAUUCAUGUAAGAAUUUAUUGGGUCUGAGUAAGAGAAAAAAAUAGUGUGACCAACUUACUUUUUGUUUUCGGAAGAAAUAAUUCUGUUAAUGUUACGCAAGACAUGCAGAUGGAUGAAAGAAGGUACCUUUUAGCAUGAUGCAAGGUACAUGAAAAAAUUAUUGCUGACGUAAAGUGGUACUCAUUCCCCUGAACUUAUCAAUUAUAUAGGUCCCCAUGAUUCCCAAUUUCUCUGUUUAUUCAGGCCAGUUAGCCCCAUAUUGAAAGUUGUUAUGUGUGUCUACUAACUAAAUCUCUAAAACGUGGAAAUCUUUUUGUUCUCCAAAGGCGUCUUUUCCAUGUUUAAUUCAUCAAUAUUGGAACAGAAAGAAUUGGAUAUCUGCAGCAUUUAGUAAGGAGGCCUUGGAUAUCCAGCCAUAAAAUAAUCUUCAACCGCACUUCAAUAAUCCUUCAUCCCAAAAGAGGUGAUUAUAGUCUUCUUGGGCACCGCACACAUAAUUGUCAAUAUGAUCUGAAUUCUACGACUUCUAUCUUUUUCAUGUGGGUUGAAAUUUCCCAACUUGAAUUUUUCCAUGUAAAAAUCACAUGGAAGGGAAUAUUCAUGAUUCUAUAGAGUUCAAUUCUCUUAGCAUAUUUGAACGCUAUAGAAUCAAUUUUAUAGUUUAGUUAUAAUUUUUUGAGCGUUUUUAAUUAGGUGAGAAUAUUUUUUUCGAAGUAAUCUCCUGCGUUCACUGAAAGAUUUAGUUUCACUCCAAAAUUUGUUUAAGUGAAUGAUUGACUGAUAAAGUGAUUAUUUCUAUUAUGAAAUAUGGUUCAGCUUAAGAAUUCACCAUGCGGUUGUAAUUUUCAAUUGGACUAGCUUUCAGAAUACUGCCUCCUGUGCCUGUGCAGUUACUAUAUGCUCAUUUCGUAGUUUUAAGAGUAUAAAUUCGUAUUCAAAUCAUCCUGCAUGUUCAUCCGUCCUUUUCAUUGUAUUCAAACUUCGAUGACAAAAGGAUCUUAUCGUAUCAUGGCUAUUAGUUGACAAACUUUCCCUUUGGAUAUGCAAAUGAAGUCAAUGGUAAGGUUGUGUUUUAUCUUACAAGAGAACACGAUUAGUUCUCCUUUUUGGUACGCAUUUUCUGUACUCAAGUCAUAAACGAUAUGCUUCUUGUCUGUUUAUAGCUGUACUUAGCCAUGGAUCUUUGUUCGUACACUUUGGUUUUUUUUUUCCACAUUUGCCUGGUGUUUUCAGUUGUUUCUUUUUUUCUGUUGCUCAACAUCACGAUUUUCCCUGGAUUGUCUUUCCUUCUUUCAGUGUUUCUCUAAUAUUUCUUGGAUUGUCAUUUCACCAUCCAUUUUAUCUCUUAAUCUUCUGCUCCUCAUACCUACAUUUCUCUCACUAAAUAUUCCUUCAUAAGUCCUUUUUUUUAACAAUCUGAAAAUUAAAAUAACUAGUUUCGAUAGAGAAUUAAGAUAUUUCAUGUAUAAGCUUCAGAAUAUUAUUGGAGAAUUAACUUUCCCCGAACAAUGCUUUUAUUUUUAAAAAUUUCAUAUUUAUCUUUCUUGCUCAAGGGCUCUCCUUUUCUAUUUAUUGAAGAUCAGUUCCUGUUCAAAUGCACUUUAUUUAUUUGAUUCCUAUUUAUGGAACAACUAGAUAGUGAUAGUCAGUGGCCUUAUUUGGAAAUUGCUAGAUAUUUUUUUGGGAAAACCCAGUUGAAUGAACCAUAUUUGUUUGUCGUUUAAAGUUGAUUUCUCACUAUUUUUGAAUCUCAGUUCUUCAACUGGAUCCAAAAGAAAAGGUGGCUCUGGUGGUCUGAGUAAACUCUGUGGGGUUUCUCCUCAACUUCAGGCUAUUGUUGGUGAGCCGGCCUUGCCAAGAACGCAGGUUCGUCAUCUUCAAUAAUUUUCUUUUCUCACUUGGCUUUCCCCGUAUGAAUAUAUCUGUUGAUACCUAUAGGGUUUCCAACUUUUAUCACAUGUUUAAUAUAUGGUUGGUUCAGAUUGUGAAGGAACUUUGGGCAUAUAUACGAAAGAACAACCUCCAAGAUCCCAACAACAAAAGGAAAAUCAUUUGCAAUGAUGAGCUACGGUUGGUUUUCGAGACUGAUUGCACUGACAUGUUCCAGAUGAAUAAGCUUCUAGCAAAGCAUAUACUCCCCCUUGAGCCAUCAAGUAUGCAAUGUGUUUUGUUGUAAAAGGAAUAUCUGGUGUUAUGCCGUGAUGGGUAAACUGGAUCAACGAGACUUGAAAUGCUGUAAUUGUUUGCAGAGGAACCGAGUAAGAAAAAGCAGAAGGCAACGGAGGCGGCUCCUGCUACUGAAACGGAUGCUGGGCAAACUCUGGUUAUGGUUUCUGACGAGCUCGCAAAGUUUUUUGGCUCUGGAGAGCGGGAAAUGCUCCAGUCAGAGGCAUUAAAACGUGUCUGGGACUACAUAGAUACUUAUCAGUUAAAGGUUAUAACUACAUCACAGCCUCGUUAUUUAUCUGUCAUCAUUUUUCUUUUUUUUUUCUUGCUUUCAUCUAGCCUUGAUAUUUGGUAAUUUCUUUUCCGUAUGCAAACGUGGAGAUUUUUCUUGGCUGUGGGUCAUGGAGGUUCCUCAUUAUUUACUCUGAUUGGUGAUUAUUCACCCUUGCUACAUCUUAGGAACAACCUUCCUUCCCCUUUUAAUUUCUGUUUCAUACUAAUACUAAUCCACACUGAUCAUAUACACAGUCCUCAACCCCGUUGUUUAUCUUAGAUUCGGGUUUAUUAAGCUAUGCAUGUAUUUCCUUUUUUCCUCUUUUUCUUUAAUGCCCCUGUUUAGUUCCCCAAAAAGGGGGGCAUAAUGGAAAUUAAGAAAUUUUAGAAGCUUUUCUCCUCAUUGUGAUUAUGUUCCUCUCCCCUUUUUCGCUCCCUAUACACUUCUUAUUUACGCCUAGAAAAAGGAAAAUAACCAACAAAAUUAAUCAGGAAAAAAAAAAGAAGUGAACACAGCUCUUCCUCGUCAUUGUUUCUUCUUAUUCGUUGAUACCUGAUUAGUAAGAAAAUUGAAGUACUCAGGUAAAACAUACUGCUGAUAUUUGGAUAUGAUUUUGUAUUUUUUAGGAUCCGCUGAAUCCAAAGAUGGUCCGGUGUGAUGCAAAACUUCAACAACUAUUUGGAUGCGAAAGCCUUUCUGCUUUAGGUGUCUCUGAGAUGCUGGCUAGCCAUUUGUUCAAGCAGUCGUGA